UGGGCAAAGCACCGGGUUUAAACCCGGUGCUUUGGUAAAAACCCAAUAAACACCCAUAAACUCCCAUAAUCACCCAAAAAAAAUAGGUUUUUACGUAUUUUUUUGAAAAUAUCCCGCAAACUUUCUUCAAACAAAAACAGCGCCAUCUAGUAUCGAGUUCUGUAAUUAUCUCUUUGUUUAUGGAUUUGAAGUAAGACCGCCACGCAUGCAAUACAUUAUGACUGGGGAUUCCCCUAUUCGUCGACGCUGAAUAUGAGGCGACGACAAUCACUGUCAAACGUGUUCACUAUUACUCUGACUCUGGUAACGUGACUUCCUGGUAACGUGUUAGGUAGGAAAAGCAGUAAAAAAGUGCAUAUUAAGGGAGCAGAUUUGAAAUAAUAUUUAUACUUAACAAGAAAUAAUUAAAGGUUCAAUGGGGAGACCUAAAGAUUUACGCAUAUGGGAGCACUACCGUACUUUACCAAACAAGUCUGUUUCUUGCAAGCUUUGUAAUAAGGUCUACAAAUUCAGUAAUGCUGCCAAAAUGCUUCAACAUCUUAUCACUUGUCCAAAAUCUCCAGAAACAUUAAAAGACUCUAUGAAACUUAUAAAAGAUAGCUCGUCCAAAACCAAAAUGUCUGGACUGUCAGAGAUAGAGACAAAUGAUUCUUUUAUAAGCCCCUCGUCGUCUGCUAACACUACAAUAAAUGCUGAGUUUCAAGACACCGAUGAUCAUAUAAAAACAGAAUUAGCGAGAGCUAUAUUUGUAACAGGGACGCCAUUAUCGAUGGUGCAACAUCCUUUAUGGAUACAAUUUUUCGAAAAAUUGCAACCAAAAUUUAAAAUACCUUCACGUAAAGCUUUAGCGACAAAAUACUUAGAUAAAAUAUAUAGAGAAAUGCGUUUUGAGUUAAAUGAGGAACUAAAUGCUUGUAGUUACUUACACCUUCAGUGCGAUGGCUGGUCUAAUUUAAGAAAUGAAGGAAUAAUAAACUUUCUUAUAUCAAAACCUCAACCUGCAUACGUUAAAAGUUUGAAUACAGAAAGUAAUCCUCACACUAGUGAAUACCUUAGCCAAGAAGUUGAAAAAGUAAUGAAAGUGUAUGGAGCAAAUAAGUUUCUUGUACUUAUUGGCGAUAACGCUAGAAAUAUACAAAAGGCAUUCGAAUUAACAAAACUCAAAUAUCCACAUGUUGUUCCUCUCGGUUGCUGUGCACAUAUCCUUAACUUGUUGUGCCAAGAUAUUGUAAAGAUACAAGAAGUAACUGUGUUUAUUAUGCAAGCCAUAAAUAUAAUAAAAACUGUUAAAAGGAGUCAACGAUUAAGUUCCUUGUUGAUAAAAUCAAGGCAGGGUGAAGAUUCUACACAAACACUAAAAUUGCCUUGUGCUACAAGAUGGGGAAGUCAUGUUACUUCGUUAAAAAGUUUGAAAGCAAAUAAGAUAGCUUUGCAAAUAUUAACAGUUAGAGAAGAUGUGGUAAUUUCAAGAGAUAUUAAAGAUUUAAUUCUAAGUGAUGAUUUCUGGACGAAGACAGGGGAAUGUAUAAGUAUUUUGGAACCAGUCACUGAAAGCAUAUUUUACUUAGAGAGCGACCAGAAUCGUUUGCAUCGCACAUACAUUACAUUUAGAGAUGUACAAGCUAAGAUACGUUUUGCAUUAAAUGAGAUUUCGACAUUGAGCGAAGAAAGCAAACAGCAGAUUCUAACAUCAGUAUCUUCAAGAUGCAAUAUGGCAAUGAGGCCAAUACAUUUUGCAGCAUAUAUUCUAGACCCCAGGACUCUAGGAGUCGAACUUACUCAAGAGGAAGAACUUAAGGGUAUGGAGUUUAUCUACAAUUUAAGCCAACACUUAAGUUUGUCAAAUGUAAUGGCAGAUUUGGCGUGUUAUAAAGCUAAAGAAAACUUUUGGGCCAGAGGAUUUGUAUGGAGCUCAUUAGAUAGCAUUGAGCCCCUAAUAUGGUGGAAAGGUAUUUGUGGUUCCACUGAGUUAAGCAAAGUAGCGAUUCGUAUUCUAUCAGCUCCCUGUACUUCGGCAGCCACUGAGCGUUCCUUUAGUAUCCAAGGCUACAUACAUAAUAACAAAAGAAAUCGACUUACAACUGAAAGAACUGAAAAAAUUUCAUUCAUUUGUUAUAACUGGAAUCUUAAACAUAAAGCUGAAUGCGAGGACAUUCAGUUUAAUGAAGAAAAUACCUUAGAAGCUUUCAUUGAGCAAGUAAAUGAACAUAACAGUUUAGACGAAAUAGAGCCUAUCGAACCUAUACAAUUCAUCGCUUGUAAUAACUCUGAAUCUGACAGUGAUUGACUGUAGUUUUACAUUUUACUUUCAUCUCUUUCUUAAUAAACUCAAAAUCAAAUUAAAAGUUUUUUAUUCUGUAGGCUGCAUAAUAAUAUUGUCUAUGUCCAGUAUAGUGGACGUCUUGCGGCUGAGAUGACGAUGAUGAAGUACAAAAUCAUAAACACCCAAAAAUUUGGGUGUUUAUGGGGUUUAAACCCAAUAAACCCAAAACACCCGGUUUUUACCCACCAGACUUUAAACCCACCCAGGUGGAUUGCCCAUCU